UCUAGAAGGGGCAGCGGCCACCACCCUGAGCAGCCCAGCCAGCCGAGCAGCGCUGGUACACGGGGCAGACGCUGGGAGGAGAUGGGCUUGGCGAUGGAGCACGGGAGCCCCUAUUCACGGGCCGGGAGCAGCUCCAGGGGCUGCUGGUACUAUCUGCGCUAUUUUUUCCUCUUCGUCUCGCUCAUCCAAUUCCUCAUCAUCCUUGGCCUCGUCCUCUUCAUGGUCUACGGCAACGUGCACGUGAGUACUGAGUCCAACCUGCAGGCCACCGAGCGCCGGGCCGACGGCCUGUACGGCCAGGUGGUGGGGCUCACGGCUUCCCAGGCCAACCUGUCCAAGGAGCUCAACCUCACCGCCCGCGCCAGGGAUGCCAUCAAUCAGAUGAUGCUAAAUGCCCGCCGAGACUUGGACCGAAUCAAUGCCAGCUUCCGCCAGUGCCAGGCCGAUCGGGUGAUUUACAUCAACAACCAGCGAUAUAUGGCUGCCAUCAUCUUGAGUGAGAAGCAGUGCCAAGAACAUCUCAAGGGAGCUAACAAGAGCUGCGAUGCUCUGGCCCUCUCGCUGACCCAGAAAGCCAAGACACUGGAGGUGGAGCUGGCAAAGGAGAAGCUGGUAUGUACCAAAGACAAGGACAGUCUGACAGUGGGCAAGCGAGUGGUAGAGGAACAGCUGGCCGAGUGCAGCAAAGCCCGGGACCAGCAGCAGCAGGAACGGCAGCUGGCUGAGGACCGGCUGCGGAAGGUGCAGGCCUUCUGCCUCUCUCUGGACAAGAACAAGUUUGAGACGGAUGUGCGAAACCUCUGGAGGGACUCCAUCAUCCCGCGCACCCUCAGUACCCUGGGCUUCAACUUGUACCACCCCCUCGGCUCGGAACUGCCCGCCAUCCAGAGAGCCUGCGACAGCCUGCCCUCCAUCAUGACCUCCAAGGUGGAAGAGCUGGCCCGGAGUUUGCGGGCUGGCAUCGACAGCGUGACCCUCGAGAACGAGAAGCUCCAGCGCCAGAAACUGGAGGUCGAGCAGAGCCUGCGCGCCAGUCAGGAGGCCAAGGAGAAGGUGGAGAAGGAGGCGCAGGCCCAGGUUGUCAAGCUCCAGGCAGAAUGUGCCCGCCAGACCCAGCUGGCCCUGGAGGAGAAGGUGGCACUGCAGAAGGAACGGGACAGGCUGGUCAAGGAGCUGGAGGAGAAGAAGCGGGAGGCCGAGCACCUUAAGUUACAGUUGGCAGUCAAAAGCUCAGCCCUGGAGACCUGUAUCACGGCAAAGUCGCAGUUGAUGAUUCCUGGGCCAAGACCUGCAGCCCCUGCCCACAACCCUCCACCUAUCGACCCAGCUAGCCUGGAGGAAUUCAAGAGAAGGAUCCUGGAUUCCCAGCGGGCCCCGGCCAGCAACGUCUUGGUCUCAGCCAGUGGCUGAGAAGGCUCCAGGCCCCGCUGACCGAGGGUGGCCCGACUCACCUGUCUGGAGACCAGGUGCAGCGAGACGCCCGCAGCAUGGGACACAGCCAGGGUGGCGUCAGAUGACCUCCCUCACACACACCAAAGUGGGCACCCUGGGCCUGCGUCCUCUGCUCACCCUCGCCCACACCCUCCCUGCACGGCCCAAUACUCUCACACAGACUCACACCCGCACCACACAAUCCCUCGCUCUUAAGCACCGUGACGACAUCACAGAUGCUCUGACAUCAUGUGGACAGCUUGGUGACGUCACACAGAGACAAGGCAAUGACAUCACGGAGAUGCAUGGCGGCAUCACACACGCACUCUCUGCCUAGCCCUUGCCCAAAGUCACACCCCUUCGUGCACCCAGGCCAAGGCACCCAUCGUAUCCCGCUUGUUUAGAGCAUUGUAGUGCUCCAGGUCUGAGGAAGUGAGAACAGGAAGACAUUCACCGUCGUCGUCUCCUGAGAGUUUCUUGGCCCCCCUGGAGAGGGAAUGUCUCUGAUCCAGGGGCCCCCUCAGAGCCCGAGAGGGGGCUGCCCCUUCAUCCUUUCUCCCCCUCACCCAGUCCUGCCUGUGGCCCAUAUAAAUGUUAGUAGCACUACAUAAAUGUUAU